GCAGGGCAGGGCCCCGGGGCCCGGCGACCGCCCAGGAGACAUGGCACUGUGGAGGGCCUACCAGCAAGCCCUGGCCUCUCACCCCUGGAAGGUGCAGGUCCUGACCGCUGGGCUGGCAGCUGCGGGGAGACCCCAUCUUGCCCCCGGGAAGAGGAGAGUAGGCGUGGAUCUUCCUCGCUCCCCCCCAGCUCUCCGACCUAUAACGGGGCCGGGGCUGCCAGAGGUUCAGCAGAGGGGCAACGGGUGGCUCUCUACUUCCGUCCUCAUAGAAGCCCCUCGGCCAGAACCGACCGACGUUUUCAGCUGCACAACGAAGGGCAGAAGGAGUCCGCUUCAAGCCGGAGUAUUCCUGGGUGGCCUGGCCCAGUCCUCGGAUCACCGCAGGGGCAGCCGCAGGGUCCCUGAUGGGCGUGGGCGAUGUCAUCUCACAGCAGCUGGUGGAGAGGAGGGGUCUGCAGGACCACCAACUCUACCGGACGGCCACCAUGGCUUUGCUGGGCUGUGGCUUUGUGGGUCCCGUGGUGGGUGGCUGGUACCGGGUCUUGGACGGCCUCGUCCCGGGAAAUACCAAGGUGACCGCAUUGAAGAAGAUGUUGGUGGAUCAGGGGGGCUUUGCCCCAUGUUUCCUGGGCUGCUUCUUGCCUCUGGCAGGUGCACUCAGUGGCCUCUCGGUCCAAGACAACUGGGCCAAGCUGCAGCGGGAUUAUACGGACGCCCUCAUCACCAACUACUAUAUCUGGCCUGCUGUGCAGUUAGCCAACUUCUAUUUCAUCCCCCUCCACUACAGAUUGGCCGUCGUCCAGUGCGUGGCUGUCAUCUGGAACUCCUACCUGUCCUGGAAGGCGCACCAGCCCUAAGCGGGCGGCCUGCCUCUCCUUCCCAAGAGCCGCAGGCCCCAGUCCUGUCCCCACCAGGCCGGCAGGACCUGAAAUAAAAGACUUUUGGGGCCA